AUGGUUGAACACGAGAACGCUUUCAUGAAUACGGGCCCUGGAGUUCAGAUUGUUAUACUAUCGCUCUAACCGAUUGAGCUACAUUGUCAACAGAAGUGUAUCCGAACGGAAGUUAAGGGGAGGUUACUCUAUAUAGGGGAAAACCACAGAGUAGUGGGACAGGGGUCCUUAAGAAAAUUCUUUAAAGAUUCUCAAUCACUAUUAUCACCUUCAAAUUUCGAGGAAUUAUCAUUUGAAGAGUUAACUAACAAUAUCAUUUUCGAAAUAUCAAUUACUAUAGAUGCGUAGACAACAUUCAAACCCAAAGCUACAUUUGUAUCACGACCAUGAUCAUGAGGUAAACACAAGCAUCGCAUGAUUAAGGAUGCCUGCCCCAAUGCAAAACAAACUCCAUUUGAGUACGACUGAAGAGAUCAUAGACGGCUUCACAUUAAUCUGAAUCAGCGGACGCAUAGUCGAAAACUUGUAAACGAAUUAUCGGUUUAAGAAUAACAGCCUUAAACUGGCAUAAUCCAUGGUCAAGGUAUAACUCCACUGAUCAAAAUCUACUGUUGAUGACGUCAUAAACGUGUCUACCUGUCAUAAAUGUCCUUCUCACCGCUAGACUACGCUUAAACUGUAUCCAAAAGAGCGAAGCCUAGCGGAGAGAACAGGUACUAAAGCAUGUAAUUUAAUCUAAUGACUUCACGCAAUUCUGUCUCGUUCGCAGAAACAAUUGUUUAGCUCCGCCCGUAUGUAUUUGGUGUCCUGGAUGCUGACACAAAGUUACCUGCAAGGAGGACAGGAACUUUGUUGUGUAUAUGUCAGUUUAUUCACGGUAUACUGAUUACGCAUUCGCAACGUAGAUCCGCCAUGACCUACAAUUUCCCGCCACUUGGACGGCAGAGUUAUCUCCCUUAUUACCAGUGAACUCAAAUUAGACCCCCUCCAAUAAAUCCGACCGUAACAUGUAUUUUCGUUGUCAUGGAAACUUGCCACGUUCUAUAGUCAGGUUAUGAGAUGAUAUCUGUAGUUUGCGGGAAAAACAAUUGUUAGUGUGUGAAUGUCAGUAUAGACUGUAAAUUGUUAACGGUAGCGAAGUGGAUAUACCCACGGACUUAGAUAACACCUCCCCCUGUUAUAACCAAGAGUUAAUCACUACUGACUAGCUUUAGUCCGUUAGUCAACGUAAAUACUAACUUCUUUACGCUACCCAAAAUAAUAUGUUAACAUUCAAUACAAAUUUAAUUACCCGUGUCUAAGCUUAAAAAUACUCAUGGAACCAGAGACGUAUAUUACACGUAGGAACAUAGCCUUCUUUGUUCUGUUUCGUUGUUGGCUUUAAUAAUACCCCGACUGGAACAGCUACAUACCCGGCCUGUCGUGUGAGUGUAAACGACCUUGAACGUGAUAUCGUCGUUCUACUACCGGAGUACAACACAGAGCUGAACAGAGACAACGUUAAAACGAUUUUAAUUAGUCAUCGGCCUCAACAGAUAAUAUCGUCACUAUGAAGGAAACGGUGAUACAGACGUUUACGAUAUUAUUGAUGGUAUGUAUUAUUCUGACGAUCAUCCUUGUCCGUUGGGAGAAAGACCUCCGCCACAAAUUCCUGGAUAGCCCGUGGAAUAAAAACCAAGAGAACGCUUUGAGGGGUGUACGUGUGUUUGUUAAUAAUUUUGAAACAGCAAAAAACAAUUGCAGAAGUUCAAAGUCCGGGAAUUGUAACUCGACAAACACAUUGUUUGAGCAGAACCGCCAUUCUUUAAACGUUUCGAAACGUUCUUCAGGAUAUUCAAAACGAACAAAUGUAGAAAAGUUGAGAAAUAAUUCACAGUUAGCUAGGUUUACUUUAAGGUCCAAUUACUCGAAACAUCACGUAACGAACACAAGUGGAGCUCAAAGUCAAAAGACAAGUGACAAACAUGACGUCAUCAAUGGUGCAGACCUAAAGCAGAAUACACCGGAUCAAGCGAAAGUUUUAAAUGGUUAUACUGUUUCCUUAGAAGGAUUGCAACCUAAACAAACACAGAAACAAGCGAAUUCAUCACGAGGCUUCAAACCUACCACGGAGUCUUACCACGCACAGAAAGUAGCAAAAACUUCAAACAAUAUAAAAGCGGAGGCGGAAACCGAAAACUUGAAGUUUAGUGGUGGAAAGGAGUUCAAGAGUGGGAACCACAUGUUUGAUGUCAGCGGGUAUACAAAUAUUUGGUUGAACGAUACCAUGGGUUUACAAAGAAAAGGCCUAAAGGGGUAUUUAAUUUAUGACUGUAGCAAGGCCCGUAAAGAGAAAUGCGGAGGAUGGUCUGACCGGCUUUCGGGGAUCCUCUCGACGCUUGUUCUCGCUACUCUCACAAACAGGACUUUCAAGAUUAAUUUCGACAAUCCAUGUGUCCUUUCAAAAUACCUCGGACCUAACCAGUACAACUGGACCAUCGGACGUUCGGAAUAUGAGGGUAAAUCUACAUCAUACCACAUUCUCACAAACAAUCUUUAUCAUAAGAUGGGAAAAGAGUUGACGCCAAAAGGAUUGCAAAAGUAUUUUCAAAGGGACUUUUCCUUUAUUCGAAUGAAUUGGGACCUUACCAGACAAUUUAGAAAAUAUCCAAACAUUCAGAAAUAUGCACCUUGGAUAACUGAGUUACAUUUUUCAGAUAUCUAUCUCAACCUUUUUAAUACUUUAUUCAAACCUUCACAAGAAAUAGUCAAGGUGUUGGCCAAUAUUCGUAAUGAUACCACAAGAAGUAAAACUGCUUGCGCUCAUUUGCGAAUAGGCGGCAACCCAAGCAUGCGAAAUGACCAUCCGAGGAAUGAUAAAAACUCCCUCAAGGCAGUUUGGUCUUUUCUAGAUCAACUAUACAUAAAUGAUUAUAAUAUUUUUGUUGCAACAGAUGAUGAUAGCGUUAGAAAAACAGCCCGAGAGAGAUUCAAAAAUACAUUUAUCGAUAUUCCUGGUAGUAUCAUGCAUAUUGACCAAUCUAGCUAUCGGCGUGGAGAUGUUUGUGAAGGUUUUAAGAAGCAGCUUUUGGACUUUUUGUUCUUGGCCACAUGUGACGUACUUGUGUUGUCCAAUAGCGGGUUUGGGAUGAUGGCGGCCUACCUCCGGACACACAAGACUGGACUGUACUGCUGGACAGGCAGUGGUAUUGUUCCCUGCUCCCGGUAUACGGUACAUGAUUUUUACCCUCUUCCGAUCCUCGCUCCAGAACUGCAUCAUUAAAACUAUGUGUUUAAUUAAGAGAGUGGUUGUGUUACAAGAGCGAGUGAAACGUAUGUAGGUUGAGAUUGUGAGAGACAGGGGCUUUCAAAGCGAAACGUGUUUACACAUUUAUUGUGUGUUUGUGUGUGUGCAAUUUUGACCCCUUUAGGUUCGCUGUAGUCCCACUGUAGACUCACAACAUAGACUCACUAAACUCAGUGUAGACUCACUUUAUAAGGUUCGCUGUAGUCAACAUGUGGCUCACAACAAAGACUCGCUAGACUCGAGUAGACUCACUUUAUAAGGUUCGCUGUAGUCAACCUGUAGGCUCACAACAUAGACUCACUAGACUCAGUGUAGACUCACUUUAUAAGGUUCGCUGUAGUCAACAUGUAGGCUCACAACAAAGACUCGCUAGACUCGAGUAGACUCACUUUAUAAGGUUCGCUGUAGUCAACCUGUAGGCUCACAACAAAGACUCACUNAAGACUCAGCGUAGACUCACUUUAUAAGGUUCGCUGUAGUCAACCUGUAGGCUCACAACAUAGACUCACUAGACUCAGCGUAGACUCACUUUAUAAGGUUCGCUGUAGUCCCACUGUAGACUCACUUUAUAAGGUUCGCUGUAGUCAACCUGUAGGCUCACAACAAAGACUCGCUAUACUCGAGUAGACUCACUUUAUAAGGUUCGCUGUAGUCAACCUGUAGGCUCACAACAAAGAAUCACUGUUGACUCAGUGUAGACUCACUUUAUAAGGUUCGCUGUAGUCAACCUGUAGGCUCACAACAAAGAAUCCCUGUUGACUCAAUGUAGACUCACUAAAGUAAGUUUGUGAUGAAGUAUCUUUAUCCCGCGCGUUUCUCUGUCUUCAUCCCAGCGGGGUGAUUGAGCCGUCAAACCCAUCCCAUAGUACGGGCAUACUCCUCUGAAGUAUGUGAGAAAUCCAACUCCAAAUUCCUUUCUGAUGUCUAUAUUACAUACUUUCUCUUGAUUUCUUGGGGUAUAAUUUUGCAUCCUCUAAAUUCUACCUAAUUAUUUUUCACAUCACAUGCCCUAUUUGCAAUAGCUAAAAGCUAAAUGAGGAGGGAUUUCUAUAAAUACUGAUCUACACUUAUACCCAUUACACACUAAGUAAUCUACACGUGACUUGUUUUUUCCCCAACCUUUUGACACAUUUUAUAUUGUGGAGAUAUGGGUUCAUUGAUUAAUACAUUGUUCCUUGAUAUCCAAGCUACAGUAAAAACGACAAUGAUUAUACAGUGAUUGUGUCAGAAAUAUAUAUGGAGUCUUUUCUACGAGUCAAUACAGAACCUACAGUGAGGCUAUAGAGACUUUAUUGGAAGUCUACAAUGACUUUAUAAAGGAGUCGAUAGGUAAUGUAUAUGGAGUCUACAAUGACUCGUGAGAGAGUCUAUAUGUAUAGUCUACAGGGAGUCCAUAUAAGGAGUCUACAGUGAGUCAAUAGGGAGUCAACAGUGAGUUUGUAAGGGGUCUGCAUUGAGUUUAUAUGCAGUCUAUAGUGAGCCAAUAAGGAGUAUGCAGUGAGUCAAUAGAGAGUCCUUGAAGUGAGUCAAUAGGGAUUCAUCAGUGAGUAUGAGUGAGUUUGUAAGGGGUCUGCAUUUAGUCUUUAGUGAGUCAAUAGAGAGUCCUUGAAGCGAGUCAAUAGAGAGUCUACAGUGAGUCAUCAGUGAGUUUGUAAGGGGUCUGCAUUGCGUCUAUAAGGAGUAUACAGUGAGGCAAUAGAUAGUCCUGGAAGUGAGUCAAUAAAGAGUAUAUAGUGAGUCAAUAGGGAUUCAUCAGUGAGUUUGUAAGGGGUCUGCAUUGAGUAUAUAAGGAGUUUGUAGUGACUUUAGGGAUGAAUGAAAAACAAGUUAAUUCUUACAUGUGUUUUCAUUAUUCCUAAUCAGAUUAUAUAUUUUGACUUCUGUGCCAUAAAACAAACAGCUAAAAUGUGUUUCAAUAAAUUCAUAUAUAUUUA